AUGUAUCCUCGGUGGCUUCUGGCUGGUUGCAUAGUGCUUGUAGCUCAAGCUGAUGGGGAGCCAGGUCACAUCUUUGUAGAUCCACAUUCGGGCCACUUUGUGGACACCUACGGCCGUGUUCGCAUCUUCCAUGGAGUGAAUGCGGUUCUGAAGGUGCCACCUUGGCUACCUCAGACGGAUCAUUUCACAUCUGACAACUCACUGGAUGCCAAGACGAUGGACUUGCUCCAGGAGUGGGGCUUCAAUGUGGUCCGUCUGGGUGUGAUGUGGCCUGGGGUGGAACCAGAGCCUGGUCAAGUGGAUCAAGGCUAUUUGCAACGCGUCCGCUAUGUCGUCGAUGAACUGAAGAAAAGAGGGAUCCACACCUUAGCUGAUCUCCACCAGGACUUGGGGUCUCGGUACUUCUGUGGUGAGGGAUUUCCGGAGGCUUACGUGGAGGAACUUCUUCGAGAUCCAAGCAGCCAGAUGUCGCAGGUGCCCAGAUUUCCACAUCCCUUUCCAGAUCUUCCGCGGAACGAAAGUGGUGUCCCGAGCCUCCAAGGAUGUUUGCAGAGGCUCUUCAGCGAGUACUACAGCACCUACCAAGUGGGUGCUCUCUUCGCUGAGCUAUACCGCUCAGGUUCCAGGCUACAAGAUGGUUUCCUGCGUUUCUGGACAGCGAUAUCCAAUGAGUUCAAGGAUGAUCCGAAUCUCUUGGGCUAUGAGCUGCUGAAUGAGCCCUCAGGCACAUGUUUGAAGGCGCAUGACGCUUUUGCCUGCCGUCUCAGUGGUCAUGCCAUGCCAGUGGAAUUUAAUAACAAGGUGGAGGCCUACUACUUGACGCCGCUCUAUCAAGCUGCCGCACGAGCCAUUCGAGAAACUGGGGCCAAGCAGGUGAUCUUCUAUGAAGGAACCGUGUGGCCCAAAGUGGGUGCUGAUGUCUUUCCGGGCCCGGCUUUGGGCGCAGAGACUCAACAAGCCUUGGCUUAUCAUAUCUAUUGUCAGCCAGGUGAUGGAGAUAACUGGCCGUCUGGUCUCGUGUGCGAUGCUGCCCAAGAGAUCUUUGAGCCUCGGUCAGUGAGUGGUAAGGCAGCUGUGUGGUCAGUGUGA